AUUGAGUCUGAUCAGACUCACAGCACUCUGACAAAGUUUCUUGAACGGAAAAGUAGAAACACUUUCACCGCACGAGAUGCUGAGAGAAAGGAUUCUCAUUUUCGCGGCGCUCAUUGUGCUUGCCAGUGCCACGCUAGUUAAUCACUGUGAUUCUGACACCCCGUUAGAAGAUGCUAAUCAGGUCACGAUAUCCAACUGCGACGAGCCUGUGUGUCUGUUAAAACAAGGAACGACCGUCCUUAUAAAAAUAAAUCUUGUGCCUAACAAAGAUAUUCAGAGAUUAAAAAAUAACGUGAAGGGAAUUAUCGGCAUACCCAUAUCGUUCGUAGGAGUUGAUGGAACAAAUGCCUGUGAUAAUAUUUACAACGCUGAUGGUAGCAAAGCCGGUUGUCCCUUAAAGAAAGGCGAACAAUAUAUAUACAAAAACAGUUUCCCUAUUUUAUCAAUAUAUCCCAGGGUUUUACUAAUCGUACGUUACGCAUUGCGAGAAGAAAAUGACGAUGUAGUUUUUUGCUUCAAAGUACCAGUGAAAAUUACGGAAUAAAGUGC